GGCGUGGAGGCGCAGAGGCUCCCGGGGAUCGUGGUUUUUUUACAGCCCGCGGGACGCCGUCGCCGGCGGGGACGGGACUCCAUUUCCCAGGGUGCCUCGCACGAGCGGGGCGGACUGAGGAAGGAGCCCGUAAGGAAGGCGAGCAGGAGCCGUUAACCGAAUUCGCCCCCUCUUUGUAAAGUGCCCGGAGCACAAUGUACACACUGCUUUCGGGGCUUUACAAGUAUAUGUUCCGGCGAGAUGAAUACUGCAUCUUAAUCCUGGGAUUGGACAAUGCUGGAAAAACGACUUUUCUUGAACAGACAAAAACGAGAUUCAACAAGAACUACAAAGGGAUGAGCUUAUCCAAAAUCACAACCACUGUCGGUUUGAACAUUGGCACCAUAGACGCUGGAAAAGCUCGGUUGAUGUUUUGGGACCUCGGAGGUCAGGACGAACUUCAGUCUCUUUGGGACAAGUAUUAUGCGGAAUCCCAUGGGGUCAUUUACAUUAUCGAUUCCACCGACGAGGAAAGGUUGUCGGAAUCCAAGCGAGCUUUUGAAAAGAUGAUAACCAAUGAGGUUCUGGAAGGCGUCCCUUUGUUGGUUCUUGCUAACAAACAAGAUAUAGAGAACUGCCUCUCGAUCCCCGACAUCAAGACGGCGUUCAGCGACUGCAUCAACAAAAUUGGCAAGAGGGACUGCUUGACUCAAAGUUGCUCGGCCCUCACUGGGAAAGGCGUCAACGAAGGCAUUGAGUGGAUGGUCAGGUCCGUGGUGAGGAACAUUCAUCGUCCCCCGAGGCAGAAGGACAUCACAUAGGACGACCAAGUGAUCGCCACGCCAGACACCUUGGUCCCUCCAGAGAGACUCUCCUCCUCCUCCUCUUCCUCGUUUCUCCUUCCCCCUCUCUCUGUCCCUCAAGGAGAUUCCUGCGACCUCCCAUUCUUCCUUGAAUCAAAGAGACGUUUGUCCUCUCGCGGCGUCUUACAAGAGGCCUCAACCUCCGAGAAGAACUGGGAGGGGUCCCCCUUUCCUUCCUGAUCUGUCCCGCCUCCUGGAGCAUGGAGUGGGAUCGAUGUUCCGAAUAUGCACAGGACAUGUCCCUCUUUUUUUUCUUUUUUCUUUUUUUUACAAAACUCUAAACCUGUCGGGCGUCGAAGACUUCUGGGGCUACUUGAUCAAACUGGGAAUACGGGGAAGUGGGGGAGUGGGGAGAAAUCCGGUUUCCCAGUGAUUUUUCUGGGCCGUUCCAUAAAUCUGGUUUUGCACUUGUGUGGAAAAGGAGCGAUCGGCAGUGGUGGGGUGGGGUGGACUCUUCUUUUAUAGAAAGUGUACGCCUCAUGAAUGCUGCAGUGAGAGAGAGAGAGAAAAGAAAAAGAGAGAGGAGAGAGAGAAAGAAAGAGAAAAGAGAGAAAGUGAGAGAGGAGA